AUGUCACAACUUGAGUGCGGAUACAAUGAACAGAUCGCAGCGACAAAUUCGUCCACGCCCUUUCCCUCCCAAUCCUUGGUCUCAUCGUCCGUGUCCUCAGUCAACCAAAUCGCAGCUCUUCCACAGGUUGGUAGUCUGCCUAUCAAUUCGGGUGCUAUGAUGCCUCUCCGGAUCCAUCAGCACUCUCCUCCACUGCAGUCUCAUGAAUUCGGUCUAGAAGCCUCCAAUUACCUGUUUUGGUGUCACUACGUGCUUUUAUCAAGGCUGCUUAACCCGCUAAACAUAGCCAUACCCACAAGCGUUGUCAGUCAUACUGGUAAUGCCAAUAAUGCUACGAAUGAGAGGGACAUGCAUAAUAACUGUGUCUGUUCUACUACAAUUCCUAGUAAUGCAAAUGUUGAAGGAUUGGACAGGGAAGAGCGACUGAUAUGGAAAUGCCGAGCGUGUGGGAAGACAUACAACAGCUCUGCCUCUCUGCGAAUGCAUGAGCAAAGUCACUCACGCCAGUGGAAGUGUCGCUUCUGUGCUAAGGCGUUCUCACGCAAAUGGCUACUUGAGGGUCACGAGCGCACGCACACAGGCGAAAAGCCCUUCAUCUGUCCCGUCUGCCAACGCGGCUUUGCCGAUCGGUCGAACAUGCGGACGCACAUGCAGACACACAUGGCGGUGAAGCACUGUCGCUGUCCUCACUGUCCACGAUCAUUCAUCCGUCGUGAUCUACUCAUCCGACACUUGAAGAAGUGUCCAUUUUCCACUCCUGCUACGGCCACUGUUACCAAUAAUGCUCCCACCACCCGCAUCGUCAACACAGCAUGCGAUCUCGACUCCGUCAACUUUACUGCUUAUGAUAAAGGCCUGGACUUACUUCCAUACCAAAUUUAG